UUUUUCUUUUUAGUUUAAAAUGGCUUACCUUAACUAGACUCGCAUGUCACAUUGUAACCAAAGCUAGAAUAUGGGUCGGUUAUUGCUCGUUUAAGUCGAGGACCAGCCAAACUAGGAAAAAAAAGCCAAUUUAAAAUCCGAAAAAUGCUGUCUUUUAGUUAUAGUUUCUUUGCAUAUUUAGAAAUAUAAAACCGUAUUAUUUUUUAAAUUUAUUAUUGAUUAAACAUAGUGGUACAAGUAGUUAAUGUCAGGUGUGUGGCACCUGAAGGCCGUGUGUGUGUGUGUGUGUGUCACAUUUCUAACACUCUAGCACUGCGGGUUGUGUCAAAUGUCAUUUUAGAGCUCCUGGUCGGGUUUUAGUUUGGACACCCCUAAUCUAGCUGUUCAAUUAAUUGGCAAUCUAAAUGUCAGUUUAAUCGACUGGGACUGUAUUGUGUUGACAACUUGGUCACUUUUCUGUUCAGGUCAGGCUGCGGCAACAUGGCUGAACAUUUCCACAUAAACACUCCCUUACUGGAAAGUGCUGCAAUGUCCAAACGUGUGGGAACCACUGUGUAUUUGAAAAUGGAGAAUUCCCAGCCCUCUGGUUCUUUCAAGAUCCGCGGCAUUGGGUACUUGUGCCAACAGCUUAAGUCACAGUCCAAAGGAUUUGUCUGCUCCUCAGGUGGAAAUGCUGGGAUGGCGGCUGCCUAUGUAACCCGAAAAAUGGGUGUACCGGCCACCAUAAUAAUUCCCUCAUCAACGCCUCAUUCUGUUGUCCAGAGACUCAAGGAUCAAGGUGCUCAUGUCAAGAUUGUGGGCAAGGUUUGGGAUGAUGCAAACGCUGAAGCUCUCAGACUCGUCGAAACAGAGGGACUUUCCUAUGUGUCUCCGUUUGAUCAUCACUUGAUCUGGAAGGGGCAUUCUAGUCUGAUCGCAGAGGCGGCAGCCAGUCUGGGUCCAAAUGUCAAGCCUGGAGCAGUACUGAUAUCAGUGGGCGGAGGGGGCCUCCUCUGUGGGGUCGUCCAGGGUCUGAAGGAUGUAGGCUGGGUGGACGUGCCCAUCGUUGCCAUGGAAACAGUUGGUGCAGACUGUUUGAAUGCUUCCGUUAAGACGGGAAGCAUCGUCACCUUGGAUGAAAUCACCAGUGAGGCUAAAUGUUUGGGUGCAAAGACAGUUUGCACAAAAGCUUUUGAAUACAGUCAGAGCAAUGAGAUCACAAUCAUUUCGGAAGUGGUUACUGACAAGCAGGCUCUUCAUGCUUUGGAAACAUUCCUGGAUGAGGAGCGUGUCCUGGUGGAAAUGGCAUGUGGAGCAACACUUGCGGCUGUCUACAGCGGAGUUGUGCACCGAUUACAGGCAGAUGGUCGUCUACCGGCUCUCUUGGACCCCCUGCUGGUGAUAGUGUGUGGAGGCAGCAACAUAGACAUGGAGCAACUAUCUAUUUUGAAACAUAAGCUGCAGACAAAGUAAUUGUGUAGCAGAGUAAGUGUUAAAAUGCACAGCAUGUGACUGUCAUGUUAUGAAUGUAUUUUAAAAAUGCCAUUUUAUAAAUGUACAUUGUCUUGAAGUUCUUUUUUUGAUUACCUAAAAAAAAAAUCGGUAUGUGUUAAACAAUAAUGUCCAAUUGUAUGUAUAUUUGGGGACUUUUUUGGGGAGAGGAUGGGGGCAAUAAAUGUCCGUUUACCAUGCUUGCCCACCUGGUGGUGUUGCAGUCCAUUGUUCUGGGACCCUGAAAUCCUUUUGCAAUUUACCAGUGCAAUUUUUUAUUUUCUCGUUGAUGUAAGGAAAACACCCUUGAACAUUUGUGCUCACUAGCCUAUAUUUAGACUUGAUGACAAUACAUGGACUGUGAGAGUUCAUGACUCAAUGUGAUUGGUGAGUGUCUGUUUGGCAUAUGACAUCAGACUGAAUCCAGAGCAAGGCCAAUGUGGUGUCCCACUUUGUCAGGAUUUGUACAUAGACUUUAAAACAUGCAAAUGUGUUCUUUAA